CCGAUUAAAUUAUGUCGUGGGAUUCCUUCAACUUUCACGCGAACUAUAUUGAAUGUGAUAUAUUGCUUUUAUAUAUUAUAUUCAGCGCGAUAAUUAGUCCGGCAUAUGUUUUUGCCAGACGCAUGUACUUAAUACUGCUGUUAAGUCGGCAUUUUUCGGUAGUGCAAUGCAGUGACUUUUGUCUUUGUAAAUUGCACGCGCUUAACGGUUAAAGAGUAACGAACCUUCCAUAUCCUCGAGCCCAUUACACGUGUUAUCGCAAGGACCUUUGUCACAAUGUCAGGACUGAAUUAUUAAUUCGCGAUUGUGGACGGACAGUCUACUAAAAAGUAAAGUCCUUGAAGUCGGUUGUUGUCAGGAUGUUGCGCUACUGCCCCAGCAGACUUCUCCGCUCAUUAGUAACACUGAUGUGCGUUCAUCUGCUCUCAGAAACGAAUGCUGACUCUUGUGAAGGACAUUGCGGUGAGAAAGUGACAUGUUCCUGUCACCCGACACGCGAACGUUUGCCGGAUUGUGGAGGUGUUAAGCAGUUUUGCGCGGACUUGUCCCCGCACUCCGGAUCUCUUCUCGGAGGCGCGGACUUCAGAAUUCUCAAUUCAGCAUUAGACAUGAACGUGAAUCUCACGUGCAGGUUUAAAUCGGACACAGUGACACGGGGCUACGUGGACACAGGCGGUGUGGGUCACUGUGUGUCUCCCAUGCUGUUUGAGACCGGCUGGAUUCCAUUUGAUGUCUCCACAGAUGGAGUAACCUACAGCAUGGCAGGGAGUUGGCUCUCAGUGCACCACAGCAAGCUGGCGGAGGAGUUUAAGGUCUCCCUGGUCAACGAGACGAAGUGGCAGUAUUACGGCACACAGGACGUGGGUGGGGCUUUAGAGAUGGUGUGGAACGCUUCACUAAUAAAUGCCAAGAGAGUUAACGUAGAACUGUGGGGCUACCAGGAGACAGGCAUGCCGUACUCCGACACCUGGCAGGCGGACUGGAGGUAUCUUUACUCCGUGGGAAGGGAUGUGCCUAAUAGCGGGAGCUUCAGGUUUGUGCCUGAGCUGUUGCAGACGCCGAGGUCUGACUGGGAUGUUGGCAGCAUACGCGUUUGCCCCAGCACUGAGCCUGACGGAGCCCGGAAUGUGAACGCCCUGUGGAGUGGUGCCCAUGCCCUGGCCUACAACCUGGAUGAGGCCUUCCGGAAAGACCCUGCAGCCUGGGCCCUGGAAAAAUGUCUGCGGUGGGAUCAGGAAGAAAAGCGGAUCGCCAGCUUCCUGUCGGAGAUCACAGACUGCCCCUGCACACUGGCGCAGGCCCGAGCUGACACCGGCAGGUUCCACACCGACUAUGGCUGUGACAUUGAGAAAGGCAGUGUGUGUACAUAUCACCCAGGAGCAGUUCACUGUGUCAGAGCCAUCCAGGCCAGCCCUGAGUAUGGAGCUGGUCAGCAGUGUUGCUAUGACCACACUGGGGCUCAGGUCCUCACCGGGGACUCCAUCGGCGGAAGUACCCCCGACCGAGGGCACGACUGGGGAGCGCCGCCCUAUAGAAGUCCCCCAAGGGUUCCGGGAUUCUCCCACUGGAAGUAUGACGUGAUCACGUUCUACUACUGCUGUCUGUGGUCAGACAACUGCGACUACUACUUCAACCAUCGACCCUCCAGCGACUGCAGGACGUACAAGCCUCCGAAAUCUGCCUCCGUGCUUGGUGACCCCCACUUCCUCACAUUUGACGGGGUGACGUACACCUUUAACGGGAAAGGUGAAUAUCUUCUGCUCCACUCGCUGACCCACGAGCUCACCGUGCAAGGCAGGACAGAACCCAUGACGUCAGAGAACGGAUCUGUUAUUAUGGCGACCCGCCUCUCCUCGGUGGCUAUGAGGGAGAAUGGCUCUGAUGUCAUCGAGGUGCGCCUCUCUGAUAGGCCGACUCACCUGCAGGUGCUGCUUAACCAGAAGGUGCUUAGCUUCUCUGAACAGAGCUGGAUGGACCUGAAAGGUGCAUUCGUUUUCUCAUCAGAUCCUCAGAAUGUGACAGUGAUGUUCCCAUCGGGAGCAGGGGUCGAGGUCAGGGGCAGAGCGGAGGUCAUGACCCUCACUGUCUUACUGCCCCAGGAGUUUAAGCACCACACACAGGGUCUGCUGGGUAACAUGAAUGAUGACCCCGAUGAUGAUUUGACCUCCAGAGAUGGGGAGGUCACUUUCGCCAACAGCACUGCCCAGGACAUUUUCACCUAUGGGGCACGAUGGGCCAUUACCAAUGAAAUCUCCCUGUUCACCUAUGACUCUGAGUUCCUCCUGAACGAGUACUACUUUGCUCCAAAGCACGAUCCCACCUUCAUCCCAAACUUCUCUGUGGGCAAAGAUCCAUCCGACCCGCUCCUGGAGCCUGUGUUGAAGAUGUGUUCCGGAGUGGGAGCAUCAAUCUGUAAAUACGACGCGCUAAGCACGCGAUCUCUGGAGAUGGGCAACAUGACUCUGCUCUCACUCCGGAGCCAUGCGGCCAGCGUUCAGGAUCUCAGGCCGGUGCUGUCCUGUGGUUGGUUACAACCUCCGAAGCACGGGCAGAAGGAAGGAACUCUGUACUUGGAAGGGGCAAAAGUCAUCUUCUCCUGUAAACAAGGUUACCAUCUCUAUGGCUCCCAGGAGCGCAUCUGUCAAGGCGACGGCCAUUGGUCAGGAGACAAGACGUAUUGCCUGUCAGACCCUCCAAGUCUGGGAAAUCUCCCUUCUGGCUCCAGACAAGUGUUGGAUUGUUUGGUCUCUUUACAGAUGAUAGUUUGGCCAUUGCUCUGGGCACCAUUGGGGCAAUACUCGCUGUGGUUGCUAUGGUGACGUCCAUUGUUGUUUACAGUAAGAACCAGAAAAGGGAAGGAAUGAAGGAAACAGAAGACCAAGUCAUUUCUGAGCCGAACGUGGCAAACCUCUGAAGCUCUCCCAGGGCGAACAUGUUUCCCCAGUGCAUCCCUGUGCCUUUACAUAAUGACAAACUCAACUGAGAAUACAAACCUGCCUGAUUAUGUGCAGAUUACAAGAGCAACACAAUGAUCGUUAAUACAUUGGUUUUCACUUUGUUUUAUGAAUUAACUUUUUUUUUUUUCUAAGAUUUACCAAAAGUUUUUCUUUACAUCGUUGGUUGUUGCUAGUUGCUAUCAGUUUUGAGGUGCCCCACUGAGUGCUUGUGGACUGUCUUACAUGGAGUGCACCGGCAUAGCUGGGAAUCAAACCGCUUUUGUGUUCUUGGUAGUCUGUCAGGGGCAGUAACUUCAACGCUGGGUGUAGAUCAACUCUGAAUAGACUCGAGUUCCUUGUACUUAAGCCGGUAUAACAAAACGUUCUAGAUUCCAUUUGGAAAUCCAUGAUGGAAUUCUUAAAAAAAACAAAAACAUGGCAGACUAAUUGUCUGAAAAGGUCUCAUUGGUUUCCUUGUUUGCAAACAGCAGCUAGAGGAAUAUUCAGAGUGUGUCUGGAAAAUGUGCCAACUAACAUUGUGUUUUGCCCUCAGUUUGAUUCAGACAGUGCUGUGAAAUCCAGUGAAGUCCAGUACACGCACAUUACAUGGACUGUGUUGAUUAGAUUUAAAUGAACCAAUAAACUAUUGUAAAACUCUUU